ACAUCUGUGGGCGCAGCACACUAGACGGUUUUAAACUGAUGUGUGUCGGUGGGUUUAAAAAGGACUUGCAGAGCAAACUACACACCAUAUCUUUUUUUAGCCCGACAGACACAAUGUCUCUUCUCAACUUUGUCUCACUUGUACUUAUAGCCACCAUGCUGUCCACAGCCUCAGCUCAAGGUGGGAUCGCCAGCUGUUGUCGCAAAGCUUUAAGCACUCAAAUCCACAGAGACCUUCUGAAGAAUUACUAUGUACAAGAACAGCCAGCGUGUGCUCUACAUAUAGUUGUCUUCACCACGCUGAAAGGCAGAAAGAUCUGCUCUGACCCAACCAAUCUGUGGACAGAGACAAGCAUGGCCUACCUGGAUGGCAAGAAUUGGCAGAGGCAGAAUUUGACCUCACACCGCCGCCGCCGACGCCACUGACCCAGCGUCCACCCUCAUGCUGAGAAAAAGGCCACUGAGUUAUUUCAGAAAAAGUAGUUGAAUUAAUUUGAAUAUGAUACUAUAUAUGCCUAUCUAUCUAAUUUUAAAUUCUAUGAUGAAUAUCUGACCUUGAUGUAAAUAUGUAAAUAAUUUGUCACAUUGUUCAUGGUACAGUGAUACUGAGAAUCAUUAAAAUCGUCAAAGUGCAAUGGCUGUUCUCUUCUCAUGUUUGGAAAGGCUGGGUGAGGUGAGGGGAAGUCAAUUCUACACAUGGAACCUUUAAGUGGGGUUGUAUGAAAAGGAGACGGGAGCCAGUGGAAGAAGUAUGAUGAGGCCUCAGCUAAGAGGGGAUACCACACUGAGAAAUAAUCCUACACUGAAAAGCAUCAGCAGAAUGAACUUCAAUUAUUAAAAGUAAAAGUGACUGGAGUCUUGUAGACUAAUGAGUGUUGCAUCAUUCUAUAAUGUCU